GUUAAACGUCGACCCUCACAGAGUCUGGAUCUGUACGGACGGGCCAAGAGAAAAACCAAGAAUCGUUACUUCUUGGUGCACAUGUAUAGCAGGAACUGGUGAGGUGUGCAAUCACGUCAUUGCACUCCUUUAUAAACUGAACUAUGCUCUAAGGAACGGGUAUGUUUCUCCAUCGUGUACAAGCAUCCCUCAGGGCUGGAAUAGAGGGACAAAGAAAGAAGUGGAACCAAGUCAAUUGAGAAAGUUGCAAUUUGUUAAACAUAAGAAGUCUAGAAAGGACACAAACAGCGAUCCUGCAAAUGCUCAAGAACUGAGGAAAGCCUAUGAUCCAAGAAAACCCAGUGAUAGGGUCUUAACAAAUGAGAGGGUAUCUGCAUUACUCAAUGGAAUAAAAGAAUUUGACCCAUCAGCAUGUAUCCUGAACUCGAUAGAGCAUGCAAAAGAUGAUGGCCUCCCACAGCCUUUAAGGGAGAGGGCUACAUUGUUUAUGAGUAUUGCAGCAAACAAUGACAAAACCUGCGAGGAAAAUGCACCAUCAUUUAUCGAGAAUUGCCAAAUGAGCAAAGAGCAAGUUCGACGUAUUGAGAUAGAGACAAGGGGGCAGACGUCUAACCCAUCAUGGUACAAUCAAAGGGAAGGGAGGAUGACAGCUUCCAGCAUUCAUGAUUAUCAUACAAAAAUGGAGUCAAUUAUGAAAAGCARGAAAAAGAAUGUCAAAUAUACWCCUCUURWGCAUAAAAKUUUGAASAAGAGCAAGGACAUAUCACAUCUACCUCAAAUUAAAUGGGGAACUCAGCACGAGAAGGAUGCAAUCAAGAGUUUUCUGUCUGAUGUUGCAUCAAAGCAUGYGAAUGGCAUAAAUGGACUGAAAACCUGUGGACUUGUUGUGAAAGGGGAUUAUCCCUUCAUUGCCGCCUCACCUGAUGGAAUGCUAGUAUGCAAGUGUUGCCCACCAGCAAUAAUAGAAGUAAAGUGCCCAUAUUCAGUAAGAGAGGAUGAUAUACACCUUACAUCCACUUGCAAUAAAGUUGACUUUCUUGAAGUGGUAAGUGAAUCUCCCACAUUAAAGAAGUCACACAAGUACUACACUCAGAUGCAGAUACAGAUGUGGGUGACCGGGACACAGCAUGGAUAUUUUAUUGUUUGGACAAAUGGUGGACUGCCUUUGUAUGAGCUGGUGAAAUUUGAUGGAGACUUUUGUGCACAAGUGAUCAACAAUAUCACAUUAUUUUAUAAAUCCUAUGUGCUACCAUGCUUGUUAGGCUACAGGGACAUUUAUCUCUGUCCAAAAUGCGACAACAUCAUACUGGAAGAGCCAGAGAUAAAUGAUGCAUCAGCUGAAAACAGCAUAUGUUGUGAUAUCUGCAGCACAUGGUGGCACCUACCCUGYGCUGGUCUAGAGGAAGAUGAGGCUGAUGCACUGGAUUCGUGGGCAUGCAAUAGCUGCCUAAUUGAUGCAGUGCAGAUGGGUUCAGACAGUGACACCGAAUUAGAUGAACUCUCCCCUGGAUUGUCUGAUCUGGAAUUGGCAGAACAUCCRGCUUCUGAUGUACUCACCAAUCUUUCUGAUGAACCAAGUACGAGUGGUUUGAAUUUCAGUCAGCCCAAUGUUUGCAGUUCAUGUUCAGAUUCGUCAAUACCAGUGGGUGGUGAACACAUUUAUACUGUAUGUAAGAAUGCUGUUCAUGCAUGGUGUAGUAACCAUGAAGACAUUUCCAGUUCCUCAGAACUUGUAUGUACAUAA